ACUGCCUUUGAAUCCUGCUUGUAACAACAAGUCCUUUAUGAGGAAGCUGCAGUUUGUCAUGAAGGUAAAUGAUUGACAUCGCAGCGUGACACUGGUUUGUGGGUAAGUUGUUCCUCUCCAACAAGUGGAGUGAAGAGUAAAAACACUCUCAGGUCACUUCACUCCGUCUGAUGGAAGCUGGAGUGAAGCACCAAGCUCCUUUUCUACAGACCUGCUGAGGACAGAAGAGAGCUGCUCACUGAGGAAGUUCAUGUCUACAAGAUCACUCGGUGGAUUUCACCGACUCCUCCAGGAUUAGGUGUCCACUCCUAAAUGAUGGGGAAACACCAGCAGUGACAGAGGAAAAGAAAGCAGAGAUCAUCGAUGUGGAUUCAACACUCCCAAAACAAAGGGAGAGCAGGGCAGUAGAGCCUCAGUGUGCACACUGCGGGUCGGUAGGGGGCGGCAUGCACCUGACGAGCCGCCAUUCAGGAGAAUUGGAAGAAGAAGAAGAAGAAGAAGAAGAAGAAGAAGAAGAAGAAGAGGAAGAGGAAAAGGAAGAGGAAGUCGAAGUCGUCAGAGCUUCGCAGUGACAUCUUGAAGUUUUCAGAGACCUCAGGUUGUUGUGAAGGUGUGAAGGUGUGGACUCUGCUAUGAAUCAGGCUGAGGACCCAGAGGAGGGAGUCCCUCCCUCUGAAGCCCCUCUGUGUGGGGAACAUGACAGACAGACCAAAGCUCAGAGGGCCCAUAAGAGACCAGGACCAGGACCUGGACCCAGCCGUGUAUCCACUAAGCGUAUUCGGUACACGGUCCAAGAUGUCCCUGCCACUGUUGGUGCAAGGUCACAUCAGCAGAGAAGAAAGUCUCCUGAACCCAGCUGUGUGUCCAUGAAGAGUCAUCAGUCUAAAGGUCAUCCUUUAAACUUCAAAGAUGGGGGCCGUUCUUUUGACCCAGAUUCACAUCAGCAGAGAAGAAAGUCUCCUGAACCCAGCUGUGUGUCCAUGAAGAGUCAUCAGUCUAAAGGUCAUCCUUUAAACUUUAAAGAUGGAGGCCGUUCUUUUGACCCAGGAGAGGACCAGGAGAGCUCAGAGGUUCCCACAGGUCAGUCUGCCCAGCAGCAUCAAACACACCUGGACUCCAUCUUCAUGCUGCUGGAGGAGAACAUCCUCGUGUUUGUGAAGAACGAGCUGAAGAAGAUCCAGAAGGUUGCGAGUUCAGAUUACCCAGAAUGCUUAGUGAGUCGGAGGGAGGAAAAGGAGGUGGUGGAUGGUGAGGAUGAAGAGCAGAGGAGGAGCAGAGAGGCAUUUGGCAAGAUUUCAGUGCACUUCCUGAGGAGAAUGAAGCAGGAGGAGCUGGCUGAGCGUCUGCAGAGCAGACUUUUUGCUGCAGUUUGUCAGCGUGAACUCAAAUCCAACCUGAAGAAGAAGUUCCAGUGUGUGUUUGAGGGCAUCGCUAAAGCAGGAAACCCAACCCUUUUGAAUGAAUUCUACACAGAGCUCUACAUCACAGAGGGAGGGACUGCAGAGGUCAACAAAGAACAUGAGGUCAGACAGAUUGAAACAGCAUCCAGGAAACCAGCCAGACCAGAAACAACCAUCAGACAAGAAGACCUCCUCAAAGCCUCAGCUGGAGGAGAGGAACCAAUCAGAACAGUGAUGACUAAGGGAGUGGCUGGCAUUGGGAAAACAGUCUUAACACAGAAGUUCACUCUAGACUGGGCUGAAGACAAAGACCACCAGGACAUAGAGUUCACAUUUCCAUUCACCUUCAGAGAGCUGAAUGUGCUGAGAGAGAAGAAGUUCAGCUUGGUGGGACUUGUUCAUCACUUCUUCAGUGAAACCAGAGCAGCAGGAAUCUGCAGGUUUGAAGAGUUCCAGGUUGUGUUCAUCUUUGACGGUCUGGAUGAGUGUCGACUUCCUCUGGACUUCCACAACAAUGAGAUCCUGACUGAUGUCACAGAGUCGGCCUCAGUGGAUGUGCUCCUCACAAACCUCAUCAGGGGGAAGCUGCUUCCCUCUGCUCGCCUCUGGAUAACCACACGACCUGCAGCAGCCAAUCAGAUCCCUCCUGAGUGUGUUGGCAUGGUGACAGAGGUCAGAGGGUUCACUGACCUCCAGAAGGAGGAGUACUUCAGGAAGAGGUUAAGAAAUGAGGAGCAGGCCAGCAGCAUCAUCUCUCACAUCAAGACCUCACGAAGCCUCCACAUCAUGUGCCACAUCCCAGUCUUCUGCUGGAUCACUGCUGGAGUUUUGGAGGAUGUGUUGAAGACCAGAGAGGGAGGAGAGCUGCCCAAGACCCUGACUGAGAUGUACAUCCACUUCUUGGUAGUUCAUUCCAAAAUGAAGAAGGUCAAGUACGAUGGAGGAGCUGAGACGGAUCCACACUGGAGUCCAGAGAGCAGGACGAUGAUCGAGUCUCUGGGAAAACUGGCCUUUGAUCAGCUGCAGAAAGGCCACCUGAUCUUCUAUGAAUCCGACCUGACAGAGUGUGGCAUCGAUAUCAAAGCAGCCUCAGUGUGCUCAGGAGUGUUCACUCAGAUCUUUAGAGAGGAGAGAGGACUGUACCAGGACAAGGUGUUCUGCUUCGUCCAUCUGAGUGUUCAGGAGUUUCUGGCUGCUCUUCAUGUCCAUCUGACCUUCAUCAGCUGUGGUGUCAAUCUGCUGUCAGAAGAACCAACAACACCGUCUAAAGUCUUUGGAGACAAAACUCAACCAAUGUGUCUCUACCAGAGUGCUGUGGACAAGGCCUUAAAGAGUCCUAAUGGACACCUGGACUUGUUCCUCCGCUUCCUCCUGGGUCUUUCCCUGGAGACCAAUCAGACACUCCUACGAGGUCUGCUGACACAGACAGGAAGUCACUCACAGACCAAUCAAAGAACAGUCCAGUACAUCAAGGAGAAGAUCAGUAGGAAUGUGUCUCCACAGAAAAGCAUCAAUCUGUUCCACUGUCUAAAUGAACUAAAUGAUGGUUCUCUAGUGGAGGAGAUCCAACAGUCCCUUAGUUCAGGACGUCUCUCCACAGAGAAACUGUCUCCUGCUCAGUGGUCAGCUCUGGUCUUCAUCUUACUGUCAUCAGAAGAAGAUCUGGAGGUGUUUGACCUGAAGAAAUACUCUGCUUCAGAGGAGGCUCUUCUGAGGCUGCUGCCAGUGGUCAAAGCCUCCAACAAAGCUCUACUGAGUGGUUGUAACCUCUCACAGAGAAGCUGUGAAGCUCUGUCCUCAGUCCUCAGCUCCCAGUCCUCUAGUCUGAGAGAUCUGGACCUGAGUAACAACGACCUGCAGGAUUCAGGAGUGAAGCUGCUGUCUGAUGGACUGAAGAGUCCAAACUGUGACCUGCAGACUCUCAGACUGAGUGGCUGUAACCUCUCAGAGAGAAGCUGUGAAGCUCUGUCCUCAGUCCUCAGCUCCCAGUCCUCUAGUCUGAGAGAUCUGGACCUGAGUGACAACAACCUGCAGGAUUCAGGAGUGAAGCUUCUGUCUGUUGGACUGAAGAGUCCAAACUGUGACCUGGAGACUCUCAGGCUGUCAGGCUGUCUGAUCACAGAGGAAGGCUUUGCUUCUGUGGCCUCAGCUCUGAGCUCCAACCCCUCCCACCUGAGAGAGCUGGACCUGAGCUACAACCAUCCAGGAGACUCAGGAGUGAAGCUGCUUUCUGCUGGACUAGAGGAUCCACACUGGAGACUGGAGACUCUCAGGGUGGAGCCUGCUGGAGUCCGAUGGUUGAGACCAGGUCUGAGGAAGUAUUCCUGUGAACUCACAAUCGACACAAACACAGUAAACAGAAAACUCAAACUGUCUGACAACAACAGGAAGGUGACAUGUGUGAAGGAGGUUCAGUCAUAUCCUGAUCAUCCAGACAGAUUUGACUACUGGCCUCAGCUGCUGUGUAGAACUGGUCUGACUGGUCACUGUUACUGGGAGGUCGAGUGGAGAGGAGGAGUUUAUGUAUCAGUGAGUUACAGAGGAAUCAGGAGGAAAGGAAACAGUAUAGACUGUUGGUUUGGAUGGAAUCAUCAGUCCUGGAGUCUGGGAUGCUCUGAUAAAGGUUACUAUGUCUGUCACAAUAAUAGAGUAACACACAUCACCUCCUCCUCCUCCUCUGGUAGAGUAGCAGUGUAUGUGGACUGUCCUGCUGGUUCUCUGUCCUUCUACAGAGUCUCCUCUGACACACUGAUCCACCUCCACACCUUCAGCACCACAUUCACUGAACCUCUUUAUCCUGGGUUUUGGUUUGGGUCCUGGCCUGGUUCUGGUUCCUCAGUGUCUCUGUGUUCGCUGCAGGAGGGAGAGUCUCCUCCUGGUGGAGAACCUUCCUUUCUGCAAGAGGAAGAGUUUCCUCCUGGUGGAGAACCUUCCUCUCUGCUCACCACAUAGUUCAGUCUGUACAGCUGAUGUAGGUUCAUGUGGGUGUAGGUGCAGGUGGAGCAGGUGAGGGGUACCUGAGCUGGUCUGGACUCUGGGGGUCCACAGCUCUCUGGGACUUGUGGUGUUGCAGAUGAACGUCUGAAAGAGCUCAGCGAGGUGUGUUUUAAUGUUGCUGUGCUGAUCGCUCUCACUUAAGCAACCUUGAUACUGAUGGACAAAUUCCUCAUGGAAAAUGUGAACCAUUCAUUUAUUUUGUUCUUUUUUAGACAGUUUUUUCCUCCACCAGUCUUGCAACGUCAGCAAAUGUAAUUGUAGGUAAAUCUGUGAGUGAAGUUGUGAAGACUCCAUUAUCUCCUGAUGUGUUUGAUGCUUGACAGGAUGUCCACUUCCACAUUGAUUACGCAUUUCCGGUUUUUGUGAAAAAGGUCUAUUCUACUCAAAGGCCCUUUCUUAAUAUGCGUUCUUGUGUGGACUUUUGUUCUCGUGGACUCGUGAAACGUCAUCAGUCGCAGCCUGAGUACUGUUCCAAUUCUAAAGUCCGCAUCUGGCUGAGAACGGUCAUAAUACCCGGAUGUGGCUCGCCCCGCCCAUUUCACCCGGCAUGCAUCGGAGCAGGCUCGUCUGUUCUUGUGAGAGCCAAAUAUCCCAGAAUGCAUUUCAACUCAGCAACAGGCAGCAAAAUAAACACAACUGUCUACUGUCUUAAAUGUAGGGUUGCCAACCGUCCCGUAUUACCCGGGACAUCCCGAAUUAUGGGCAAUUUUGAUUUGUCCCGGCCGGAACAGCUCCAGUCCCGUUUUCCAAUCACAGCCUGCUAAGUCAAUGACGCACGAAAAACUCCUGGUUGUUGUGACGUUGUGACGCAUCAGACCAGUGUGCGCGCGCGGGGGCCGGGUGGCCAGAGCGGAGCAUGUGAGGUGAGAGCUGUCCUGUCUGUUAAAAUGAGCAGUGAGUGCAAAGAAAAAAAGAAAUUGUGCAAGCCCGGCCGACGACCCCCCCCCCCCCCUGUCAGCCCGCCAGCCCAGCUCCGUGGAUGGAGAUGUGAGGUGUAGUUCACGGACCGUCAGACCCUCCAGCACCGGGCGGUCAGCUCGUCUCAGCCCGCAGAGAGCAGCCUGUUUUCGGCGAGUCUUCUGUGAAAUCCUGCGCCGGUUUUCACGUCUCCGUAGCGGUUAUACAUAAGAUUUAACUGUACUAUAACGAGUCUUCAUAAGUUUUAAUGUAGUGACUGAUGUUGUUCUCCGUUAACGUUACGUCUGUUGGAGUUUAGAUUAAUAACUUCAUAUUUUAUUGUCACUUUAACGUCUUGUCUGUAUCCACAGAGUGCAGCUUGUUAUUGUAUCAUUGUGCAUUAUUAACUGUGUUUUGAUUAACCCUCCUGUUCCCUUCAUAUUUACUAACACCUUUUACCAUUGGGGUCAAUUUGACCCCAGCGAUUUAAACACCCAGAAAAUGAUUAUAAUUAUUAUAUGAUAAUUUAUAUAUAUUUUCCCCAGGUUUAGGUAUUAGAAACUUUGUGCUAAUUUGUUGACUACAUAAAUAGCGCAUUCAAUUAAAAUAAAAUAGGCACCCACCCCAUUAAACAUCCUUUUCCAUUGAUGGUGUUAUGAAGACCUCAAAUGCUGAUUGGAUGUCAUGGACUUGACUGACAGCGUAUCUGUCAGAACCUGGAACCAUUCUGAUGACGUUUGAAGCACCAAGUCUACCUACCUGUUGUUCAUGUGGGGAGUGUAGGAUAUUAAAAAAUUGACGACCAGGUUCAUAAAUUAACUAUAGAUAAAAUGCAUUUAGUGUACACCAAAAUACAACCAUGAUUCUGGAUUCAAUAAAGUAAUGGGAAUGUUAUAAAACCACUGUCAUUUUGAAACUGUAAUCAAUAGAAUAAUACCAAUGUACAGUUAUGAUUGUAUUCAAUGUAAUGUAAUCUACCGAAAUGCAUUUAUGUAAUACUGUAAUAUAAUUGACUGAGGCCUUCAACAGCCGAGCUACAUUGAACUCACCAGGAGACCACUCCCAGGGGGCGUGGUCACCGACUUUCACACCUUUACUGAUCGGUAUUAAUACUUGUAGGCAGCCAUUGUUCUCGAGUUUGGCUGGUCGUAGACAGCAGACAUGGUCUAGGGAUGGUGGUGAGAUGGUCCUGUGGCCUGUUUGUUGCGGAGACCAGCGGCUCCUCAGCUGAGAUGUCCUUUUUAGCACAACACCCUUUCAUUUAUUAAAUACUUGCAGUGACUGGCUCUGACCAGCAGAGGACGCUCUAACACACAAAGUCACCGAUGGGGUUAAACCAGUCUAUUUUGCAUUUAACAUUCAUCGCAAUCGGAAAAUAAUGACAAAAUCACACUAACACUUUAUGAAAUAAAUAUGAUCCAGCAUCUGAGUCAAAAUCCUCCAUCUGAACUUCAGAUGAAUUGUUUAUUUAAUCAAACAGUUAAAGUUGGAUGAUCGAUCAACUCUAAUGUGCACUUUACAAAGAUGUUUUUUCCUUGUCAAACGUGAUCAUUGGUUGCAAACUGUAUUUCACUGAUAUAUUUUGUAUCAUUACUUUAUGAAAUUGUUAGCAGAGAUGGUUCCCUCAACGGUCCCGGCGUCCAUACCCAAUGCUAGACCGAAUAUCAUUAUUAAACAAAUAACACAAAGUGGCGCAUCAUGGCUGGUUGACUUGAACUGAGUCGUCUUUAUUGAACGCAGGCUCACUUGACCUCUCCUAGGUCACAUGUCUAUUCAGGGGCAUCCUAUUGGCUGCCGUUAACACAUAACAUUGCAUAGAAAAGUAAGUACAAUAGAUUGUCACAAUGGAGGGCAUAUACUCCUAUAUGUUAACAGAAAUAAAUAUGAUCCAAGUUGGAUGAUAGUUUAAAAAAACAAGGAUUCAAAGGGAAUGUAGUUCUCUGUUAAGAGUAGGAAUGGAGCGCUGUUUGUGUGUUGAAUUCAUCUGCAAAGUGUUUAGGUUAUUUUUAGGAGGGGGAUAUUUGACCAUGACGUUUUGAUGUGAACUUCAAAUAUGAAUGAAUGAACAAAUGAACAAAACGUGUGACCUGGAUUUGGCUCCAUAUAAAACGAGUCUCAAAAAACCCAGACACAAAUGUGAAGCGAUCCGUAAAAUAAAUGCAGUGCGAUCUACAAAUAUGAA